GUGCCGAUCUAUUUUCUACUCCCCUCGGAACAAAAAUUCAAUCACAAAGAAGGCUCGCUAUAAACUUAAAGCACGACUUACAACCCUGUCACAGUUGUCUAGGUUAAUUAUACUUACUUAAGAACGUCUUCUGUCUUGCAUUCAAUGCUCAAAUAGGAAGAAAUAUCCAAGUAAGUCAACCGGAUGUACCUGUUGCCACAGGGAGGGAGAACGCUCGGAGGAACAGCCUAGACUGGCCCACACAAAGUGAGGGUGGCGUCAAAUAACAGUUGUUUUGCGUCGGACGCCUAGUUUUGCAAAGUGUGUAAUAUUCCGUCUGCAACGGAGGAAUACGAUUAGAAUUCUGUCAGUGGGAUUGUAAACUAGAGCGCAACAGAACAAGAUCAAGAUGGCUUCACCAGGUGGUACCCUGAAAUGGGACCCUAAGAAUCUGGAGAUCAAGACACACUCUGUAGAGAAAACACUGGAACCACUGGUCACGCAGGUCACAACACUUGUGAACACCAAAGGGAACUCUGGGAAGAAGAAGGGUCGUUCCAAGAAGGCCCAUGUGUUGAGUGCCUUAGUCAAGAAGGCGACAGAGACCUUCAUCGACAAGGGGGAGACAAUCGCAAAGGACUAUCCCGACAUCCAGGAUGACAUGAUGGCAGCCAUCGAUGACUGCAAGAAGACAGGAGACACCAUGUACGCUGCCUCCCAGGAGUUUGCGGACGACCCCUGUUCCUCCAUGAAGCGGGGAGCGAUGGUUCGUGCCGCCCGCGCCCUGCUGUCUGCCGUCACCAGACUGCUCAUCAUCGCUGACAUGGCCGACGUGCACAUGCUACUGAAGCACCUCCGCAUCGUGGAGGAGUCCCUUGAGAGGGUACGUCAGGCCCAGGACCAGCAGGCCCUGAACAACGCCUUCCGCCAGUACGGCAAAGAUGUGGUGGGGCUCAACGACAUCGCCAUGAAGAGGCAGAACGACUUGAUUGACCCUGCCCGUCGUGAUGAGAUGGCGGCUGCCAGGAACACGCUGAAGAAGAACAGCAUGAUGCUGUACACGGCCUCCAAGGCUUACCUCCGCCAUCCUGACGUCGCUGCUGCCAAGGCCAACCGCGACUACGUGUACAAACAGGUCUGCGAUGCCGUCAACUCGCUGUCCAACGCGGCGCAGGCGUCCGGACCUGCCGACCCGCAUCCUUACGAGGGUGCUGGGGAGCUGGCUGCAGCACUGGACGAGUUCGAUCAAAAGAUUGUGAUGGACCCGGCCAGCUACAACGAGGUGCGUACGCGCCCGUCGCUGGAGGAGCGGCUGGAGAGCAUCAUCAGCGGCGCGGCGCUCAUGGCGGACUCCUCGUGCACGCGUGACGACCGGAGGGAGCGCAUUGUGGCCGAGUGUAACGCAGUGAGACAGGCUCUGCAGGACCUGCUGACAGAGUACAUGAACUGUGCUGGUGGCAGGAAGACCAAAGAGCUGGAUGAGGCUGUGGACAGGAUGCACAAGAAGACCAGGGAUCUCCGCAGACAGCUGCGUAAGGCGGUGGUGGACCACGUGUCGGACUCGUUCCUGGAGACCAACGUUCCCCUGCUGGUGCUGAUCGAGGCCGCAAAGCGCGGGAACGAGAAGGAAGUGAAGGAGUACGCCCAGGUGUUCCGCGAGCACGCCAACAAGCUUGUUGAGGUGGCCAACCUGGCCUGUUCCAUGUCCAACAAUGAGGAGGGGGUGAAGCUUGUUCGCCUGGCAGCCAAUCAGAUCGAGAACCUCUGUCCUCAAGUUAUCAAUGCCGCCCUGACCUUGGCGGCCCGCCCCGCACGCAAGGUCGCGCAGGAGAACAUGGACGUGUUCCGCGACCAAUGGGAGACCCAGGUGCGCCUGCUGACGGAAGCCGUGGACGACAUCACCUCCAUCGACGACUUCCUGGCCGUUUCUGAACAACACAUCCUGGAGGACGUCAACAAGUGCCUGCUGGCUCGCCAGGAGAACGACGCCGACACGUUUGACCGCACGGCGGGUGCCAUCAGGGGCCGCGUCUCCCGGGUCUGUAACGUGGUGAACGCAGAGAUGGACAACUACGAGCCUGGCAUCUACACCGAGAGGGUCCGGGAGGCUGUGGUGUUGCUGGGAGACCAAGUGAUGCCAGCGUUUACAGAGAGUGUAGAGAUCGUGGUGGAGGCCCUGAGCCAGGACCCGCCCAAGGCAGACGAGAACGAGCUGAUCGACUCCUCCCGUAACGUGUACGAGGGCGUCCGUGACGUCAGGCGUGCUGUCCUGAUGAUCAGGAGCCCGGAGGAACUGGAGACAGACACAGAGUAUGAAGAUGAGACAUACGAGACCCACAGCAGAUCGAGCCGAAUGACUGAUGACAGAGAGCUGGAGGGGUCCCAGGCUGGAGAGUUUGGUGGCAAGAGUGCCAGGGCCCUGAUGAGAGAACUUCCUGAGGAAGAGAAGAAGAAGAUUGCUCAGCAACUGGAGGUUUUCCGUGCCGAGAAGAGCAGGCUGGACGAGGAAAUCGCCAAGUGGGACGACAGUGGCAAUGACAUCAUCGUCCUGGCCAAGCAGAUGUGCAUGAUCAUGAUGGAGAUGACAGACUUCACCAGAGGCCAUGGUCCACUGAAGUCCACCAUGGAUGUCAUCAAUGCAGCCAAGAGGAUCGCCGAGGCUGGCACCAAGAUGGACAAGCUGGCCAGAGCCAUCGCUGACCAGUGCCCUGAGUCCCAGACCAAGGACGACCUGUUGGCGUACCUGCAGAGAAUCGCCCUGUUCUGUCACCAGCUCAACAUCGCCAGUAAAGUGAAGGCUGAGGUACAGAACAUCAGCGGAGAGCUCAUCGUGUCAGGGCCACACUGGGCGUCUAUGUUGGACAGUGCCACUUCCCUGAUCACAGCGUCUAAGAACCUGAUGAAUGCUGUGGUGCUGACUGUCAAGUCCUGCUACGUCGCCUCCACCAAGUACAAGAAGGCCAUGAAGAACCAGCAUGUCAAUUCCCCGGUGGUUCUGUGGAAGAUGAAGGCUCCGGAGAAGAAGCCUCUUGUGAGGCGGGAGAAACCAGAGGAGCUGUCCGCCAAGGUCCGCAAGGGCUCGCAGAAGAGGCACGUGUCGCCCAUCCAGGCACUGAGCGAAUUCUCUGGCAGAGACACCUUCUAAGGACCAGUCGGAUGAACUAAUGUUCACAUGUAUAGUUGCUUUGAAGAAUGAGCUUGUAAGAGAACUUUUACAUCUCCUGUAUAGCUUGAUAUAAAACUUUGUAACUCCAUGUAUAGGAUUGUAACAUGUAGGCCUAAUUAAGAUACUACAAGCACUACCAUUGGUCGGACAGUAAUGCUGCUGUUGCAUUAAGGGAAGAGUCACUUUUUACCACAGAAGACCAGGAAUCAAGUUUAUAAUUCUUGAAGUAGGAUGUUUUACCGAUACCCUGUGUUUGCCAAAGGACUUUUAAAUGUUCCAGUAAGUGUUGAUAUGAAUCAAUGAGUUUUAAUUACACUGUCUAAAAUGUAGACAUGUCUGUCAGCAUGGUCUUAUACUGUAUAAUUUUUAUACAUAGCAGAUUGUGAGUUUUCCUGACAUGGAAUGAGGGAAAAACUUUUGACCUCAGCUUACUAACAGCUGACAUGAGUUUGGAAACAGAGAAAAUGUUUAUCACUUAUUGCACUCCACUGUCACAUUCCAUUCUUUUUGAUGGUAAUUCUAGUCUUUUCAUUGUGUUAUCUUUCAGUGUACCAUAGCCUGUAACUGUUGACACAGUAACAACUAUAAAGAGAGACUUUCCUGAUGUUUUUGUGACAUAAUUGCUUUGUGACAGAGGUUGCUUUUUACUGGCUAUCUUUUUGCAUGUUCAAGAUUUUGGUCACAACCGUGACCAAAGAAUUGAUUAAGAUGUCUGACUUCUGUGUUGACUGUGAAUCUUUUAGAUGGCAGUGCCUUUUCUCUGGUAGAAAGAACAUGUUUGGUGUCAAAUGUAAAGAUGUGGGAAGAAUCUAUGCCAUACAAGUAGACUAAGUGCUUGACAGAAAGUGAUAUUUUUGUAAAGGUGAUUUUCAGCUGGAAAUACACUGAAAGUGAGUCAAGGCUGAAAAGUAUCUAAACAAAGUGGACUCUGCUUUUCAUCAACUUUUCCAUGUAGCUCAGUAUCUGGUGGAUUUGAAUGCAUACAGAGCCAAUACUGUUAAACUUCCAUGCACCUGUAUAUGAUUUAAAGGCACUAGGUAGUUUGCUUGACUUUGAGCAAUAAAAGAGUGGGUAACUGCA